CCCGGUGACUCAUUGGCUGUCUGGUGAGAAUCCGAAGCGGCCGCGGGGGGAGGGGGAGCGAUUGGGGAGUGGGCGGGAAUUCCCGACGCGGGGCCGGAACUGAGCGGAUACCAUGUAGUGAGACCCUGGAGAGGUCUGAGAGUCACUGGAGCUCCUACAACACCAUGGGGCCCUGGGGAGAGCCAGAGCUCCUUGUGUGGCGCCCAGAAGCUGUAGCUUCGGAGCCCUCAGUGCCUGUGGGGCUAGAGGUGAAGCUGGGGGCCCUGGUGCUACUCUUCGUACUCACCCUCCUCUGCAGCCUGGUGCCUAUCUGUGUGCUGCGUCGGCCUGGUGCUAACCAGGAAUCCUCAGUUUCCCGCCAGAAAGCUCUAAGCCUAGUAAGCUGCUUCGCAGGAGGUGUUUUUUUGGCCACUUGUCUCUUGGACCUGCUGCCUGACUACCUGGCUGCCAUAGAUGAGGCCCUAGCAGCCCUGCAUGUGACGCUCCAGUUCCCCCUGCAAGAGUUCAUCCUGGCUAUGGGCUUCUUCCUGGUCCUGGUGAUGGAGCAGAUCACCCUGGCUUAUAAGGAGCAGUCAGGGCCACCACAUCGAGAGGAGACAAGGGCUCUCUUGGGAACAGUAAAUGGUGGGCCUCAGCAUUGGCAUGAUGGGCCAGGGGUCCCACAGGCAAGCGGAGCUCCAGCAGCCCCCACAGCCCUGCGUGCCUGUGUAUUGGUCUUCUCCCUGGCUUUGCACUCAGUAUUUGAGGGCCUGGCUGUGGGACUGCAGCGCGACCGAGCUCGGGCCAUGGAGCUGUGUCUGGCUUUGCUACUCCACAAGGGUAUCCUGGCUGUUAGCCUGUCCCUGAGGCUGCUACAGAGUCACCUAAGAGUACAGGUGGUGGCUGGCUGUGGGAUCCUCUUCUCAUGCAUGACACCACUUGGCAUUGGGCUGGGUGCAGCUCUGGCAGAGUCAGCUGGGCCUUUGCACCAGCUGGCCCAGUCUGUACUGGAGGGCAUGGCAGCUGGCACCUUCCUCUAUAUCACCUUCUUGGAAAUCCUGCCUCAGGAGCUGGCUACUUCUGAGCAGAGGAUCCUCAAGGUCAUUCUGCUCCUAGCAGGUUUUGCCCUGCUCACUGGCUUGCUCUUUGUCCAAAUAUAGGGGACUAUCAGAAACUCCUGCUCACCCUCUUCCCCCCUAUUUGUGUGGGAGUAAGAAAGAAUGGGGAAGGGAGUUACUAAAACCAGAGAUCUCUGGGAGGUAGGGAUGAAGCAUCUGGGACAUUGAAUAAUGAGAAGGAAGUGAGCUUGAGAAGAGGUUCCAGGCCAAGUGACAAGAAAUUGCCACCUCAUUACAGACACAAUCAGAGACAUGAUCGGGGGCAUUCGGAUUGGCCAGACCCUGAUUGCUAGGAUCAAGUCAGGUACUACCUUUGGCACAAGGUGAUGUUCAUGACAUUCAGGAGGCUGGAGGCAGGCAGCCAGCUGCUGUAGUAUAAAGGAAUGGAGAAGGCCCAGGCCCAGAAUCAGUCCAUUUUAAAGCACUCUGAUACUUGAAGUGGACUCAUUCUGCUUUUCUUAGUUCCUACACAUCUAUGUGUCUCCUUUUCUUCCCCUAGUGCCAAAUGAUCUCUGCCGAUUUUGAUAAUUUGUCUGGCCUCCUCAGUCCUGUUCACUCCUCCUCUACUUUUAAAGUGCCAAAUUCGCCCCCUUUUUCCGGAAAGCACAGUGAUAUGGCACUGGGCACUACCCAGCACCUCAGUGGAGGUCGAGACCUAUUUGCUCUUCUUUUGGUCUCAAAAUCUGGGGUGGGCAGAAAUGUUUCCUGGACUGGACUAGAGGGAGGAGUGAUUGGUAUUCACCUACCACUGCCACACUCUAGGAAUACACAUAAAGUGGACAUGGUGCCCCUCAUCUAGAUAUUAAACAGCUGCCAAAUUUUUUUUAUUAUUCCUGAGGAGCCCAUGG